UUUGCCACUGGAAUGAGGCCAAAAGCACAAGCAUUACAGGGAUAUAAAGCAGGAGGUUACUGGAAAGAAUCAUAAACUAACGUGAGAUGAGACCAAAUUUUUUCAAAUAGCAGAAAAUGUGAUCUUUGCUUUUUGGAGCUGAAAAAUCUCAGAAGAAAACUGGAGACUAACACAGAUCAGUAUCACUCCUCAACUGUGCACCCUUCUGAGGCACUGCUUUUGUGGGGUGGGAAUGAUGACAGGGGCAAAAAGGAAAAGAAGCACAGUCUGGAGGAAAAUCCAGGCUGUUCGCUUUGAAGAUAUCAAAGCCUGGUGUAUGAGAAGGCUGCCCAUCUUGAAAUGGGUGCCCGUCUACAACUGGAAAGAAAGUUUGGUUCCUGAUACAGUUUCUGGGAUGAUGCUAGCCAUCCAACAGGUGACUCAAGGGCUAGCCUUUGCUGCUCUGUCUUCAGUCCAUCCAGUUUUUGGUCUAUAUGGCUCUUUCUUCCCUGUCACAGUUUAUGCCAUAUUUGGAAUGGGACGUCAUGUUGCAACAGGAACUUUUGCUUUAACUUCCUUAAUAUCUGCCAAUGCAGUUGAGCGUCUUGUUCCUUCAGUCACCACUAAUUUCACUGCAAGCAAUAAUUCGGGAAUUUUGGGCUUAUCGGAGUUUGAAAUGCAGAGGAUUGGAGUUGCAGCAGCAGUUUCGUUUCUAGGAGGAAUCAUUCAGGUAGCAAUGUUUAUGCUGCAGUUGGGCAAAGCCACGUUCUUGUUAACAGAGCCAGUAAUAAGCGCGAUGACAACAGGAGCAGCUACACACGUUGUGACUUCACAAGUGAAGUAUCUGCUGGGAAUGAAAAUGCCAUAUAUAUCGGGACCACUGGGAUUUUUUCAUAUUUAUGCCUACGUAUUUGAGAAUAUCAGAUCAGUUCAGCUGGAGGCUUUACUUCUCUCCUUGCUGAGCAUUGUGGUGCUUGUUCUUGUUAAAGAACUGAAUGAGAAAUUUCGGAGAGACAUUAAAGUUGUUCUUCCCAUCGAUCUACUUCUGAUAAUUGCUACAUCCAUUGCUUGCUACUAUGGUGAUAUGGAAUACGUCUAUGGCCUAGAAGUUGUGGGACAUAUUCCUAAAGGGUUGCCAUCACCAAAAAUGCCACCCAUGAAUGUCCUGCCUGAAAUAGUCACUGAAGCUUUUGGAGUAGCACUGGUUGGUUAUGUGGCCUCACUAGCUCUUGCUCAAGGCUCUGCUAAAAAGUUUAAAUACACUGUGGAUGACAACCAGGAAUUUUUGGCUCAUGGCCUCAGCAACGUGAUUCCUUCAUUUUUCUUUUGCAUACCAAGUGCUGCAGCGAUGGGACGGACUGCACUUUUGUACAGUACGGGCGCCAAAACACAGGUGGCUUGCCUUAUCUCUUGUGUACUAAUUCUUGUGGUGAUCUAUGCAAUUGGACCUCUGCUGUACUGGCUUCCUAUGUGUGUCUUAGCAAGCAUUAUUGUUGUGGGGUUGAAGGGGAUGCUAAUGCAGUUCUGUGACUUAAAAAAAUAUUGGAAUGUGGAUAAAAUAGACUGGAGCAUAUGGGUUAGUACCUACGUGUUUACAAUAUGCUUUGCUGCCAAUGUGGGACUGUUGUAUGGCAUUGUCUGCACUAUAGUAAUUGUGAUUUUCCGCUUUCCCAGAGCAAAGGCGCUGAAUUUGAAAAAUGUGAAAGAAGUGGAAUAUAAAUACAAAGCAGAAGAUAAUUGUGAAUCAUUGAAACAGGUGAAGAUAAUUUCAGUCAACAAUCCAUUAGUCUUUCUGAAUGCCAGGAAAUUUCAUGCUGACCUGAUAAAGAUAAUCCAGAAGGAUAGCAUGAGCAGCCAGUGUGAGCAGAACACAUUGCUCUGUUCAUUUUCCAAUGGAAGUUGUCAUGGUGAGUCUGUGCAGUCAUGUCACAAUGAGAGACAUGUUUUGAUAUUAGACUGCAGUGGACUGAAUUUCUUUGACUACACUGGAGUCUCAAUGCUUCUUCAGAUUUACAUGGACUGUAAGAACAGACACAUCGAUGUGUUGCUAGCACACUGCAAAGCUUCCUUGAUAAAAGCAAUGCAGUACGGUGGAUAUCUUGAAUCUGAAAAUCCUGUCUUUUUUGACUCUAUUUCUUCAGCAAUUGAUGCCAUUCAAAUUCACAGGAAUUACAGCAAAUACAGUGAACAGAGUGAAGUGUGAUGCCCACCCAUUGAGUAUGGCUAGUUUCAUCUGCUCAUAUUCAGAAUGAACUACACUAUGGUUUCUCCUUAGGUUUUUUCACCAGUGGAUCUCAUAGAUGAUCUUUUGUAUGCCAUAUAUAUGUAAUACAUUCAGUAAUGACAGAUCUGCCAUUCAGAAAGAAAGUCUUUCAGCUGCUAUCACUCAGAGAAUGUUCAUGCAAUUGUUCUAUAGUGGUUUUAUAUAAUAUUUUUAUAUUUAGAUAAAAAUUACACUUAGAUAAAAAUUAUUAAAAAGUAGACAUGAGGUACUGACUGUGUUUACCAGUGAGAUAUAUUCUUUUAGAUAUCUUUUAUCGUACCAUUAGUUGUAAUAUGCCUCUGUAGUUUUGUGUAUGAAAUAGAGACAUUUUGAAUUCUUAAAAGAGUAUGUUAUCAUUGAUAGAGUAUAUGCAGGGAGCCAUAUACCAAUGCAUACUGUUUCUAAUGUCUUUACUUACCCUUCCUUCUGUUCAAGACAGCCAUUUGCAGUAACAGCAUCAUAUCAGAGCUAUCAUAUGCUUCCAUUUUUCAUUCUUGUCUUUGUAUGCUUUUUAAUGCCUACCGAGGUCCAUGGGAAAACUGUAUACAGAGAAGGCAGCUGCAUGUUGACUAAGUGCCCCUUAGAUUGUCCCCCCCCAGUAGUUGUCAUUAGUUGCUACAUUUUCAAAGCCAUAGGUGUUCUUUAGCUCAGACUGAAAAGAAAAAACUUGUUUCCAGCAUAGAAUAGUCUUUAUUUCCAGUUUGAGCUGUGAUUUUUUUGGUAUUGAACUCUUUAGCUAUGGCAGCUGAGAGAUGACAGUGGAGACACAUAAAGUGCGUGCCACAUUUCAGCCCUAAUCCUGAUUAGGGAUGUGCAGUACUGUGUGUGAGCACACAAAGUGGAUAGAGGAAUUCACAGGUUGAGUAUUUGGUUUGUAUUUGUAGAUUGUCAGCAAUCAUACUAGAUUAUACUAUCACAUCAGUAUCAUGUUAUAUGGCAAUACACUGAGGCCUUCCAGUACCUGAAGGGAGCCUACAAGAGACAUGCAGAGAGAGUAUUUACAAAAGCAUGUAGUGACAGAAGGGGGAAUGGCUUCAAAUCAAAAGAGAAUAAGUUUA